AUGUCGAAGAACAGCUCCCUCCUGUCCCUCCAGCUCCUGGACGCCUCCCUGCAGGAUGUCUCGAACUCCUCCCGCCCCCCUCGGCUGGACGACUGGGAGGCGCCCACUUUCACCCGUGCGGCACAGUUCCGCGUGGGCGCCACCCUGGUGCUCUUCCUGUUCGCGGCCGUCAGCAACCUGGCGCUCCUGGUGAGCGUGUGCCGCGGCCGGGGUCGGCGCCUGGCCUCCCACCUGCGGCCGCUCAUCGUAAGCCUGGCGGCGGCCGACCUGAUGAUGACGUUCAUCGUGAUGCCGCUGGACAUGGUCUGGAACGUGACGGUGCAGUGGUACGGCGGCGACGGACUGUGCAAGCUGCUCAGCUUCCUCAAACUGUUCGCCAUGCAGGCGUCGGCCUUCAUCCUGGUGGUGAUCAGUCUGGACCGGCACCACGCCAUCCUGCACCCGCUGGAUACGCUCAACGCGCACCGGCGCAACAGGAGGAUGCUGCUGGUGGCGUGGGUGCUCAGCGUGCUGCUCGCCUCACCGCAGCUCUUUAUCUUCAGAGAGAUCACAGCCGAGCGAGUGGAUUUUACUCAGUGCGUCACUCACGGCAGUUUCCUCGAGCGCUGGCAGGAGACGCUCUACAACAUGUUCCACUUUGUCACGCUCUACGUCGUCCCCCUGCUGGUCAUGAGCUGCUGCUACGCUCGCAUCCUGGUCGAGAUCAACCGGCAGGAGCACAAGAACAAAGCGGGGGAGUCGUGUCUCCGGCGCAGCGGGACGGACGUGAUCCCCAAAGCGCGGAUGAAGACCCUGAAGAUGACCAUCAUCAUCGUCCUGUCCUUCAUCGUGUGCUGGACGCCGUACUACCUGCUGGGGAUCUGGUACUGGUUCCAGCCGGAGAUGCUGAAGGUCACGCCCGAGUACGUCCACCACCUGCUCUUCGUCUUCGGGAACCUGAACACGUGCUGCGACCCCGUCAUCUACGGCCUGUACACGCCGUCCUUCCGCGCCGACCUGGCCCGCUGCUGGGGGUGCUGUUCGUCCGGGAACUCUCAGCGCUCCCUGGAACGCCUGUCCGCCCGGCAGGGGGCGCACAGCGCCGAGCAGGAGUCCGACCCGCCCAGCGUGAAGGGGGCCGAGGGGUAA